AUGUUCGAACGAGCGGACGGCGGUGCUUCGUCUCCAUCGAUGUUUCCCCGGACGUGGAUCGUGGAUCGUGGUUCCUGCCAAACGGAGCUUACCUCAGCCGCGACACUCACGUUGCCGAAGUACACGCCGUACACUAAUGGGGAUACGAUGUAUGUCAUUGCGGUCUUGGGCUCGUGUUACCUGAGUCGGUCACGGGGACGUGAGGUCUCGGUGGUCCUGUCCACCUUCCUCUUCUGGAAGUACACCACAUCCCAUCACCACCUUUCCAGCAUGGCACCUUUGAUAAAUAUCGCAGAUGCUUUGAUGAGAGAUACUCUAGAAUGGAUCAUACUCCUCGUCAUCAACGCCAACAUUAUCCACGGGCCACAACCAACCUCGGCAUUGUAG